UUCCGGUAUCGGGCUCGAUUGUGUGCAUUAGGCUCCAUUUGCUAGUGCCACUCGGGCGCAGCUCGUUCGUUGACACUCAAACCCUGUUGCCAAUUUAAUCGAUUUAUUAUUAUUUUUUUUAAACACAACUUGAUUUCUUCAGCGGCUCUCACGGAAAUAAACACCGUAUUCAGGGAUCGGACCGCGCAGGGCUGCAGUGCAGCAUUUGAAACGACCUUUAUUAAAAUCACGAAGACGGGAAGCGAUUUCCGUGGAUGUAUAAAUAUGUUGUAGAUUGUGUUUAGUUGCUAGAUAACUAGCUGACUAUCCACAAGUGUACAUGGACUAAUCAACCGUUUCUGAUUUCCUUGCUAAGUAGCACACUAACGUUUCAUUAGGCCAGGUGGUGGUUUAGUUCACCGGCUAUUGGAGAAUAACGUCGAGUUUCUAUUUUUAUAAUCAACGUUGCUGGCUAGCCCCGAAAGCUUUAUUUAUAUAUAUAUAUAUUUAACGUUAUAUACGUCGGGUUGAGCGUGGGGCUAACUUGGCCUGAAGUUGAAGUCCUCGGUUUUUUUUAUUUUUUAACCAUAACCCCCCCCCCCCCAUUAACGUUACCUGGUGAGAUUUCCGUUAAACGUUGUCAUUGAAUGGGGGGGAAAAAGCUGGCUGUAGACUUUGACACUGAUAAACUUUCACGUAGGAUGUGUGCUUCCUCAUAUGUAGCCACUACUUGCCGACGGUAAUGUGUUGUUUUUUAAACAUUUUAUUAACGCGAACUGUAGCUGUUGUUGUCUAGCUAGACAACUCAUAGCUAAUGCUGGAGGCUAGCCAUCUGAGACCUAUCUGCUAGCCGUGUGUUACCGGUAGAAAUAGUAAUACCCAGGGGGUUCAAACGGUUGAACUCUGGACCCCCCCCCUCCUCCCGUUUCCCUGUGUUGACAUGGGAAACAUGUACGACUGAAGGACUCAACUUGUUGAUCACACAUUGUGUGUGUGUCUAACACACAGAUAAGCUAGUAGACGGUGUUUUUUUUACCACUGCUAGCUAAAUGAACACAAGAUCCUGAAACUAUAUUCGUCUUCCCCCCUCGACACUUAUUUUCUACAACAUCCCUGAAAAUGUCGGCCAGGACGCCAUUGUUGGCCGUCAUUGAAAAUUCGUCAGGUGGCCAGGACACCAAGGCGGGGGGCCGUCCCAGCAUGCCGCGAUGUCGGAACUCGGUUGCCACGACAGCGGAAGAGACCCCUCACAUCGGUAACUAUCGGUUGCUGAAGACCAUUGGCAAGGGAAACUUCGCAAAAGUCAAACUGGCACGCCAUGUCCUUACCGGGAAAGAGGUGGCUGUUAAGAUUAUUGAUAAAACACAACUCAACUCUUCCAGUCUGCAGAAGCUCUUCCGAGAAGUGAGAAUCAUGAAGCUGUUGAAUCAUCCUAACAUAGUGAAGUUAUUUGAGGUGAUCGAGACGGAGAAGACAUUGUACCUGGUCAUGGAGUAUGCCAGUGGAGGGGAGGUGUUUGAUUACCUGGUCGCUCAUGGGAGGAUGAAAGAAAAGGAGGCGCGUGCCAAAUUCAGACAGAUCGUGUCAGCGGUCCAGUACUGUCACCAGAAGUGUAUUGUCCACAGAGAUCUGAAGGCUGAGAACCUACUCCUGGACUCUGACAUGAACAUCAAGAUAGCAGACUUUGGCUUCAGUAAUGAGUUCGUAAUGGGCAGUAAGCUGGACACGUUCUGCGGCUCUCCUCCCUACGCCGCCCCGGAGCUGUUCCAGGGGAAGAAGUACGACGGGCCAGAGGUGGACGUCUGGAGCCUGGGGGUCAUCCUGUACACGCUGGUGUCAGGGUCGCUGCCCUUCGACGGACAGAACCUCAAGGAGUUGAGAGAGCGCGUGUUGAGGGGGAAGUACCGUAUUCCGUUCUACAUGUCAACAGACUGUGAAAACCUACUGAAGAAGUUCCUGAUCCUCAACCCCACCAAGAGAGGCAGCCUGGAGCAGAUAAUGAAGGAUAGGUGGAUGAAUGUGGGUCAUGAAGAGGAGGAGUUGAAACCGUACAUAGAGCCCAUGCCUGACUACAAGGACCCCAAGAGAACAGAGAUCAUGAUCCAGAUGGGUUACUCCAUGGAGGAGGUGCAGGACUCGCUGGUCAACCAGAAAUACAACGAAGUCAUGGCCACGUAUCUACUACUGGACUACACAAACCACGAGCUGGAUGAGGGUAUCAUUAAGCCCCGCCCAGGAAAUGAACUCUCGAAAAGUAGCGCCCCGUCCCCGCCCAGCAAGGUGCAGCGCAGCGUAUCGUCCAACCAGAAACCCCGCAGAGCCACUGACCAGGGGUCUUCUGCCAGGGGGCGUGGUCAGGGAGACAACAAGGAGGAUUCUGGGAGGAAAGGAUCUGGCAGCUCGGCCAAAGUUUUGACCAGCCCGCUGGUCUCUGACCGCAAGAAGAGUGCCACACCCUCAACCAAUAGCAUAUUGUCGGGACGCAGCAGAAACUCUCCUCUCACUGAGAGAGCUUCGCUGGACCAGGGGGUACAGAACGGCAAGGACAGCCUGAACACCCCCGGGUCCCGAGCCUCCACCUCGUCUGCUGCUGCCAUCCUCUCCUCUUCCUCCUCUUCCUCCCGUCCCCGCCAACACAAGUCCCUGUCCACCUCCAACCACCCCUGUCCGCCUCCCGGCCCUGACUUCCACGCACUGCACCACCGGCCCAGCACUCCCCACCAGAGACCACCUGGCGCGUCCCCCUCAGCCCACAACAUCAGCAGCUCCGCGGUGACGGACCGGACCAACUUCUCCCGGGGGGUGGCCAUCCGCAGCACCUUCCACGCAGGACAGCAGAGAGGUGCCAGAGACCAGCAGGGUUCUCCGGGGGCGCCAGUCUCCCCCUCCCUCAGCCACGGCAACAGCCAGACCAGAAGACCUGGGGCCACCGGUAUCUUCUCCAAGUUCACCUCCAAAUUCGUACGCAGAAAUCUCUCCUUCAGAUUUCUGAGAAGUCCGUAUGAGGGAGAGGGUCAGGAUGAGGAAAGCAGGUCAAUGCUGAGCAGCACCGUCGACAAAUCGGAGAAGAGCGGCGUCCUAGGCUCCUCCCACAGCGGCAGCGGAGACGAGAACAAGGAUAACUCCUCCCCCGUUUCCGGUACCGCCACCCCGCCACCGAAGGACCCGUCGACCAAACCGCGUUCCCUCCGGUUCACCUGGUCCAUGAAGACCACGUCCUCUUUGGAUCCCGGGGAGAUGAUGAGAGAGAUCCGGAAGGUUCUAGAAUCCAACAGCUGUGAGUACGAGCUGCGGGAGCGCUACAUGCUGCUGUGCAUCUUCGGGAAUCCUUCCCGCGACGACUUCGUCCAAUGGGAGAUGGAGGUGUGCAAGCUGCCCCGCCUCUCACUGAACGGCGUGCGCUUCAAAAGGAUCUCCGGGACGUCCAUCGCGUUUAAGAACAUCGCGUCGAAGAUCGCUAACGAGCUCAAACUGUGAGACGGAGCGAUGAGCGGUUUUACACGUGGAUAGAGAGGAAUGGAGAGAAGAAGAGACUGAAUGAGAAGGAUGUUGUACUGGGUAGGUGGGAGGGGUUCAGUGUUUGACAAGUUAAUGGGUGGAGUGAAUGUUCUAAAUGGGGGUGGUUCUGUCUAGUUUUUUUUUUUUCUCUGUUGAGGUUUGUGUUUUAGAACCUCACUGGGCUCUCUAGCUGGGGUUCUCGUCUUCUAGAUCCACUGCAUGUUGGUUCUGCCGCUAUCUCUUUUCACCUGGUGGUUGUACACUUGCUGCCCCACACACACUGUACUGUACUGUACUGAGGGGAGGGAGUCUGAAAACAUCGUCAUACCUGCUCCGAGGCUCUUCUCCUGUCGGUUCUACUUCAAUGGGUUCUAGACUGGGUUACACUCAAGAGUUCUAAAGAGAACAGAGCGGACCGACUUGAUGCUGGAAAUAAACUAACUCAACGCUGGAACGGUUCUCCUGGGUUCUCCUGUUCUCUGACCCAAAUGGACUCCCUCCGGAAUCUGAACUGUAGAAAACACCACAGGCCUUUGGUGGAAGGAUACACUUCAUGCCCGUUUGAUGUGAGGGGAGAGUGUCAAGACAAUGUUCUGUUUUAAGUCUCUCUCACACACACACACCAAACUGGACCCUUAAUGACUGAUGUUUUGAAUCCAAACACACCAGGCUCCUCCCCCGCCCCCCCCCCGCCCAUGUCCCUCAACCCUCACUUUUUAUUUUUUUCUUCAUCAGGGGUGACAUCAUCGCCCUUUCAUCCAGUCACAGGCCAAUAGACUUGAUUCACCAUUGGAUGACAACACUUUUCAUUUUCUUCAUUCUGGUUGUUGGUUUUUUAAGGUCAAAAGGUUGUACACUGGAAGAAAAAAAAGGGGGAAUUUCCUUUCUUUAUAGAAGACAAAUGUAGUUCUUCUCGUUGCUGUUCUAUUAUGACAACUUGUUGAUGGUCGAUGGGGUUGUAUCACGCUUCUGUACAGAGAACACAGCAGCCAUCUUUCUUCUCCCCCUCCCCCCAAGGUGUAGUGUGUUCAGAUAUUCAGCCUUUUAUCAAUCAGUAUUUCAUUUUAAAAUUGAUCUCUGAACAAAUUAAUUUAGAACUUCUUGAUUUGUUUGUGUUUUUAAAUCACUUUGUUUGGGUUAAAUAACGCCUCACCUGAGCUUCCCCCCCCCGGGCAUCUUCCUGACUGGUGUCAACAGGGUGGGUGAAGACAACUACUGCUCGAGUUAUUUUCUGUAGGAUGGGUUUGGGUUUUGAUAAUGUGAACGUGCUGCCUUUUUGUAGGAUCAGGCCAAACGUUGUGUCACUGUGCCCACCUUGUGACCGACUAUUCUUGUCGUCAGCGGCGUUGAUUCUAUUUAGUAGGAGCUCUUUCUCCCUCCUUUCUCUGCCAGUGGAAAAGAGUGAGGGGUUUGCUGAGUAAUCUCUAGCCAAAUGAUGGGGGACGGUGUACCUGAGCAAAACGCCUCAGUUCUUUGUUUAAAAAGUCGUUCUGUUAAAUCAUUGUUUUAAGGUGCCGUCUUUACUCUUGCUGUUAUGACUAUAUUUCAGUGUUUUAUUUUGUUUUACAUUUUUUGCUGUAAUUUGAGUCCGACAUUUUAGCCAGUAUUUGGUUGGGAGAGACGGGGGAGUUGACUCCAAAUGUAUUUGUUUUUUUGUGCAAAGAAAUUAUGAAAAGUAAUAAAGCUGGUUGCAUUUAG